AUGACUUGGAGAAACGUUCUUAAUAAACAACAGCAUAAUCAAAAUUUUGCUUCCGCAGCAAAUUUAAAAGGUGAACGUUCAAAAUUCGUUGAUGAGCAACCAACAAUUCAAACUAGUACGCCGCCACCUACACCGCCUACACCACCUAAUCCUGUACCAUCAGAUAUUCUCGGAGCCUCUUUACCAUUUGUGAAUCAAUAUGGAUGGACGAUUGAUACAUUAGCACAAGGAGCGAAAGCAUUAGGAUACCCGUACGUUAGUCAUGGAUUAUUUCCUAGAGGUGGAGCGGAGUUGAUCGACUAUUUUUUGGAUGAUUGUAGAAGAAAAAUGACACAUAAAAUUUUCGACAAGAUGGAUGGAUUAAAGGUUCAUCAAAAGAUACGAUUUGCGUGUGUAACUCGACUAAAUCUUACAAAACCAUACAUAAAAAGAUGGCCAGAGGCACUUGCGAUCAUGGCACAACCAAAUAAUGUUUUAAUGUCGGUUGAACAUUUAGCGAGGUUAGUUGACGAUAUGUGGUAUCUGGCGGGGGAUAAAAGUGUUGACAUGAAUUGGUAUUCUAAACGAGGGAUCCUUGCUGCUAUUUAUUCAUCUACAGAAUUGUAUAUGGUACAAGAUACAUCACCGGAAUUCAUAGGAACAUUUCAGUUUUUAGAUCGAAGACUGAAGGAUAGUGCUACAUUUGGACGAAUAGUUGGAGACGUUAAUAAUUAUGUUGAUGUUGCUAUUAGAUCUGCUAUUGGAAUUCUAUCCUCGAUAUAUGCAGUAGGAGAAAUUUUAGAAAAAAGAUUUCUUAGCAUUGAUGUAUCAACACUCUCGAAAGAUACAAGUACGCUCGAAUACGAACCUUUAAGCAAGUUGGAAAUAAAUAGUAUAUUAAAUCCAAGAAGCGCAGGAUGGAAGGAUUUUAUCGUCAUUUAUGGAAUCAAAGAUUUUUUACAAAUGAUACCGUAUAUGCUGAAAUAUAAUAUAACGAGUCAUGAAUUGACUUCUGAUGCGAACGUGGGUCCAAAAUAUGAUGUCUUUAUAGAAGAACCAUUCAUUGGACCUGAUGAUAAAGGGAACAUUUAUUUAUUUGAUGGAAUUGAUAGUUUUAAUAUCUUUAAUAUGGAAACAUAUAAUUGGUAUAUAAUGAAAACCAAGUUUGAUGAAAUCUUUCCGAAAAACACCCUUUUAAUUUAUAAAAGAUAUACGGCUACAAUUUUACCUAAUGGUGUGAUCGUAUUUCUUGGAGGUUUAUUAACAUAUAAACCUGUUUCCAUGAAUAAAAUUAUUCUUUAUGAUACGGAGGAAGGAAAAUGGUCGACGUUAAAAGCCGUUGGUGACUUUGUUGGAUCACGAGAAUUACAUUCGGCAUGCUUAACUUCCGAUGGACGCAUAAUUGUUUAUGGCGGAAAACUUGAAUUUCAACAGGUUGAACCAGAUUUAGCCGUGUUGGAUACUUCCGUUACUCCUUAUAAAUGGACUAUUCCUCAAAUUAUAAAUCCAAUUGGUCAAAUAAUUCAACAUACAACAGUCAUGGUCAAUAAUACGUUCAUGGUUUUAUACUUUGGUUAUAAUAUAACUAUUACGGGAACAUCAACAUUUAAUCAAAAAGCAUUCAUGUUAGAUACAAGUAAUUUAUCACAAUAUACAUGGUAUAAUAUGGAACUCGUAAAGAAAGAUGAUAUGAAAGGCAAAGUAAAGUUAACCACGAUAUGGAUUAUAUUUAUUGUUGUCGCGAGUUUAGUGAUAUCGACCUUAUUUGGAUAUUUGAUAUUUAAAUGUUAUAAAAUGAGAAAUAAAAAUUAA